AUACAAAAAGAUAUCAAAUUACUAUUGUUGGGAACUGGCGAGUCAGGAAAAUCGACAUUUACACGUCAAAUGCGUAUUAUUUACGACAAGGGCUUUAGCGAAGAUGAGAGAAAACAUUUCAUCAAAUUGAUACAUGAAAAUAUUUUCCAAGCUAUACAAAAUAUGGUAACAGCCAUGGAAACCUUAAACAUUAAAUAUGAGAAAAGUGAAAAUGCCACGAAGUUUAUUACGCUCAUUUCUUAUGUAAAUCCUGGAACUAAUACCUAUUUAGAAGAUCCCUAUUUGACGGCAAUCAAAGAACUUUGGAACGACAAGGGCAUACAGGAAUGUUAUAUGCGACGUAAUGAAUACCAACUAAACGAUUCGGCUAAAUACUAUUUAGAUGAUAUUGAUCGCAUUGCUUUGCCAGACUAUUUACCCACAGAACAGGAUAUUUUAAGAGUUCGUAUAGCAACGACUGGUCUAAUACAGCACGUAUUUAAGGUGAGCAAUGUAACAUUUCGACUGAUAGACGUGGGUGGCCAACGAUCGGAGAGAAGAAAAUGGAUUCAUUGCUUUGAUGAUGUUAAAGCUAUAAUAUUCUUAGUUGCGAUUUCGGAAUAUGAUCAGGUUUUAAAGGAGAACGAAGAACGUAAUCGACUAAAAGAAUCCAAAUCGAUUUUCGAAUCAAUUUCGAAAUUUUUCCAAAACACACCGAUUAUAAUGUUUUUAAAUAAAACCGAUCUACUGGAUGAGAAAAUUAAGCGCUCACAUUUGGAUGAAUAUUUUCCGGACUUUAAGGGAAAACGUGGCAAUAGCAAAGAUGCUCGUGAAUUUAUAUUGAAUAUGUUUCUAAAAAUUCGUCCCUUAAUGUACUCACACUUCACCUGUGCUACAGAUACGGAGAAUAUUAGAGUGGUAUUCACCGCAGUAAAAGACAUCAUUUUAACAACGAAUUUAAAUAAUUUUGGACUUGUUUAAAACAAAAUAUUGAUUACAUUUAUUUGUUCUCAAAUGUAAAAUUUAUUUUCAAUUAAUUAUAUAUUAUAUGUGUUUAGAAAUAAAACUAUACAUUUAAAAUUAAUUAAAGUGCCUGUGGCAGUAAUAUAAUGAGGUAUACAAUGUCAAAAUAUAUAUGAAAUAUAAAAUUUUUACUAUUAAUAAAUAUCGAAACAUAUAUUUUAAAAUGGCUUAGUCUGAAACAUGCAUAACUAUUGCUACAGAAAUUAUAGUGAUAUAUAUCGAAACUUUUUUUUCUAAAAAAUUUAAUACUUUUAAACAGUGUAAUUAAAAGUAUUAAAUUUUUUAGAAUAUGGAGUUUUUCAGACUACAAAAGUAAAGAUUUAUUUUUGUUAUUAUACAGCUAAACAACCAUGAAAACCGAUCGACUAGAUCAAGAGUUAUAAUCGCUAAAAUUUUUUACCAAAAAACAGCUGUUUUAUUUUAUAUGAUCCACAUCAUGACUAAUACAAUUGUGUUUAUAAAUAUUCAAAAUAAUAAUAAAAAUGCAUAAAUUCU